AUGAAGUUCGACGCCCUUGUCACCAUCCUCUCCGUCGCCCUCUUGGGCACCGUAGCUCGUGCUCAAUCACACGUUUCGCCCAUCCUCAACCCGCCCGAUGAGCCCGCCGUCGAACCCACUCCCUUCGAACAGCCCUGCAACCUGCCGAAGCUUCCGACCGGGGCGACCAACGUCCUCUACUACCAGAUCCCGGGCACUGGCUUCCUCCGAAUCUACAAGGACGGGCACGGCAUUGAGGUGAUUGGCUAUGCCAGGUACGACUCGUCCUGCACACUGUGGCGCAUCGUGGAGCGAGGCGUCGACGUCCCGUUGAUUGGCCUGCAGUCGGGCCAAGAGACCCCCUGCCCGGGGAACGAUGACCUGCCCAAGGCGUGCGACUACUUCAGCAGUCCCAGGAACCCCAACAAGUACACCUUUGGCCACUUCUUCCUCCUCGAGGACAAGAGCUACAACCACCCGCACAACCUCGGCAGGUUCCACUGGACCUCCCCUAGCUCUUCCUGA